AUGCCUGCCAGCGCAGCUCCAAAACGCAUGAUGACUCAAGCUAAGAAUGCAACUCAGCAUCCAGGACAUAUUCUGACUGGGGGCACAAACCACGUAAAAAGACGUACCAAAGCUGAAAAGGCUGCUGACAAGCAACGUGAAGAAGAGGAGAAGGAGGCAAGUAAAGCAGCUAUACAGGAAACUCAUAAGUGCAUUGCAGCAUUUCAAAAAAAGAUGCAGACAGACCAAGCUGCUGCAUGUGCUGAUGCACCUAAGCCUAGUUGUCCUUGUCCUUGUCCUGUGAAAAAGGCUGCAAAAGCCCCAGAGACCACUGACUUGACUACAGCUGCCGAUACGGCUGUGGAACAUGCCAUCCGCCUUAUUGCUUCCGAGACCCUUGUCAGAAAAUUAGAGGUGAACAGUAAAGGCAAGGCCGUCAAGGUCCCUCACACUCUUAAUAAGUCCUCAGGCAAGAUCAGUGGCUCUUGA